GUGGCUAAUUCAGUGGAACUAGAUGCGUUCGUUGAAACCUGUUUUCUGCUGCUGCUGCUCUGGAUGUUGCAGUGUGACCGUGGGAAAAAAAGCAGCAACAGACAUCCCGUCAAUAACCCAGCCUUUACAUCCUACAGCAUACAUCAGCAUACCUUCUGAAGAUGCGUUAUAAUUAGCCUGGAGAAAUCAUCAGCAUCAUCUCUUUUGUGAUUUGACACAAAGACAGACGCACUGGUUGGAUUUGGGUUUUAUUGCAACUGGAGAGACACACUGAACAUCGUCGAAACGGAUAAAUAAACGCGAUGUCGUCGGAAAAACACGGACUGGAGGAGGCAGCGGGGAGGCAGUCCAUGUCUCAGCAGAUGAUGCAGAUGGCUCCGCCUCCUUACCUCCCCAACCAGGACCCCAACAUGCCCCCACAUCCUCCUCCAACCAGCUGUGCCCCGCAGCCCAAUUACCCCCCUCCCCCUCCUCCUCCUGGAUCAGAGGGGUACCUGCAGGAGACCCAGUUCCACUGCGGCACCCUCGGGCCCCAGGGGGCUCCAAACGGAUACCCAGUGCAGACGCACGGACCAGUGGGCACCGUCCCUCAUCCCCCAGUGGGCUAUAUACAUACAGGAUACCCCCUCCAGCUGCAGCCCUGCACGGCCUACGUGCCCGUCUAUCCCAUAGGCACAGGGGCACAGCCUUACAUGCCCAACGGUGCACCUCAUCCAGGUGUUGCCCCCGGCCAGAUGGCCAUGCAUAUGCCCAACGGCAUUGCUCUGAUGGAGUCUCGUCGUCCUCCUCACGACUACCUGCCCAUCGCCGUCCUCACCACUGUCUGCUGCUUCUGGCCCACAGGAAUAAUCGCCAUCAUCAAAGCCGUGCAGGUGCGUACGGCUGUGGCUCGAGGCGAUAUGGUUACAGCAGAGAUCGCCUCGCGUGAGGCACGUAACUUCUCCUUCAUCAGUCUGGCGGUGGGGAUCGCCUCCAUCGUGCUCUGCACCAUACUCACCGUUGUGGUCAUCAUUGCCUCUCAGCACCACGAUGACGACUGGGAGCCCUAGAGAGCGAGCGUGGGACGCACCUCCCGUCCUGACCCCAGGCCAUCAUUCCAGUCGGUAUUCUGCUUUUUCUGUCACACUGCACGGUUCUGAUGGCUCAAGCCACCACAACCUAAUCUGCAGUGGAAAAUAUACGCUUUUACAGUCAUUUGGCCCAUGUAUUAGUUACAAGAUAGAUUAAUGGUAUAGUAAAUCUGAGUGUGGGGAAAACCGAGCAUCUACCUUGUUGUAAGCGUGUAAGCUCACACUCACAUCAACCUAACUGAGCACUUCCUGUUUCUCCUAAACUAAAGCCUGUGUUAGAUCAGUAGUUAGAAAAAUAGUGUACUAAAGACUUGAGUCAUGUCAGGUGUUAUCGUUUGCUUUUAGAAUCUGCCAAAAACAUUUAUUUUUAAAAGAAACCCACAGGAACAUAAUUUUGGUAUAACUGUGUUUUUUGUGAUGUUCAAAAUAUUCCAUGUAUUAUUUUUCUCAUUCAUCUGUUUGGAAAGAUAAUAUAUUUAUUUUCUGGUUAACUUGACAAAUUCAUACGCUGAAAGUGUGGAUAAAUUGCGUUUUCUAAACACUAGGUAUUGAAUAGUGUAAAAUAAUGUAUUGAAUAAGUUGAAAGAAUGAUAGACUUUUGAAAUAGUUUCCAAUAUAGCAGAACUGGAAUUUCACAUUUUAUGUACCCAAAGGAACUUCUGUUUUGUAGAUCAAAAGAGUGUAUAUGAGUAUUGAUUAAUCAGAGGCCAGAAAUCUACUCUAAGGAGUACACAAACACAGAUGCAAGUGCUUGGCCAACAGGAGCUUAUAUUUAAAGAGAGUGAUGCACCAAAACCCAAAUUAAAGGUUUCAUUUAGCUGAAAACUGAAACUUAAAUUUGGGUUUUUGAGCUCAGUAUGUCAUUCUCUGUGCUGUGUUCAUACAGCAGAUGAUAAACCAGUCAUAGUAAAGGUCUUUGGCAAUGACCUUCCUCUCAGUAUUUUAACUGAAUAAAUUUGACAUUUUGCAUCAUUUCUGGUUUACCGGUUUGCCCAUUGUAUCUUAUACCACAGACAAAUGUUGUGUGCACAAAACAGAUGCUGACAUAAUCGAUACGUGUCAUAAGAAAAGUUUCAAUCUGUGAUUCCAACCCUUCAAUACUAUUUUGGCUGAAAUCUCUUCUUUUUUUUAUUGCCAAAAUUUGCAUCACUAUUUAAUGCUGCAGUGUUUACUUUUUGCACAAAUAGUGGUUCAAAAUGCAAUUGCAGUCUGUUCGUUUGAGAAGCCGAAAUAGAAACAGAACCUCGCCCCUAUUUUGAUAAUGCCGCCCCACACGAACGUACACAACCCUGGCAGCGGCGAUGGUGGGAUCUGCUGUGCCUGCCGCCCGCAGCAUAUUCAAGCAAAAGCCAACACAGAAAAGUUGUUUUGAAAUACGAAAUCGACGUGACUCACGUACGAAAGACGAAAACAAAGCAGACUCGGCAACUGAUUCCCUUCUGCUCCUUGAGUUUCUCCACCGCUGGAAAGCUGCUCUGAUAUUUACGUGGGUCCUACCUCUUGCAUGAUCGUAACCCUUCUUUUUAAUGUUUUGUUCCUCCAAAAUGUUCCUCUUUUAUAUAUAUAUAGACACACCUCUUACUGCUCAUUGGCCGCAGGUUUGUUUUGGGACUCGCUCCGACACUGUAUUCGAAAGCGUUUUUCAUAAAUCACUUAGUGCACCUUUAAUGCCAUUAAAUUGGGUGUGGUAUUAGGGGCCAUUCACACAGAAUCUAUUUUUGCGUUCCUGCAUUUUCAUUCUUUUUCUAUGUAAACAUAUGCUAGACGGUUUUGUUUGACGUUUGCAUCUCGCAUCUAUUGUUACAUCUCGCGCCCGACACAGCAUUAUAAAAACAUGGAGCUCAAGUUAAACAAGUUCUAAACGUUUUUAAAACUUUAAAAAAAUAAGUGUUUUUAGACCUUCUAGAGCUUUUAUUUUUUUUCUUUUCUCCAUUGCACCUACUGUUUUUAAUCGCAUAAUCAACAUUCUGUGUGAAUGGCCCCUUACUGUGGUAGUCAUUAAACCAGAUUAACCAAUUUGAACUGACCUCAGCAGGAUUCCCAUCAUACUGCUAGCCUGACAUGACGGUAAACUGACCCCAGAAGUAAACAAUUAAUGCUAUUGUAUAGCACCCCUUGUGGCAACACUGAGAAUGCAACGUGUAUUUGAGCAUCAUUAUGAAUUGCUGACACGUUUUCAAUGCGGCAAUAUGUGAAAAUAGCUAAAAGCGUUUGUGUUCAUGUACUUGUGUAGAGUAACUCUUAGGCCUAAGUGUGUUGUUGCAGACCGGUCCAGUUCAGAGGUGUUGAAAGAAUGUAUUCUAGAGUGAAAUUAUUACUUCAUUACAGACUUUUGUAAAUUGGCUCUUCAUUGAAGGAAGACGUGAGAUUUGUGUGUUGUGAAUUAGUGUAUUAUUUAUUAUUUCAAUUAAAUUAUUAAUUUGUGUAUUAUACUUCUAUAUUUAUUGAAAUAACUAACUAUUGAAAUAUUUGGUAAUCUUUCCUAGAUAACAGUCAGUCAUCACAGAUGAUUGCUCAGCUGGCAUAUUCUGAUGAAGCAUGUGAUAAUAUGCACUUUUAUGCUCAGAAAGCAAGUAGCUAGUUUGUCUCACUUCUUUGUAGAUGAGAGUGUAACUUGCUUCAAGUUCGGACCUCAUUGAAACUCCUCACUUGCUGCUGUAGUUUUUAGGGAAACACAUUUAGCACAAUGGUUUGGGUGAACAAAAAGAAUCAAACAAUCCUAGUGUUCUUAAAUAUAGAUUAUAUUAAAACAUGGACGCAGUGUUUUAGAUUUGUAUUUUAGGUCUCCAGUAUGUUUAUUAAUCUCUUGCUUAAAAAAAACUGCAUUCAUCUGUGCCAUCCUCUGACUGUAAAAUCUGUCAAACUCUAUCUUUAAGCAAGAUUUCACCCCAAAAAAUAAAAGGUCUGUCAUUUCUUCACCCUCAUGUCGAUCCAAAAACCUUUUCAUUCUUUACGGCGCAUAAAAGGAGAAAUCUAACAAAAUGUUGAUUCUGUCAUAUCGGUCUUUUCCUGCUCUCUUUAAUCGAUUUCUAAUAUCUUUCUGAUCUAUUUUUGAACAAAUGCCUUGCAGCAUAUUGCAAGUGUUACACUGAACUGUUUGUUGAAUUGUUUAUACUUGUUAGACGUGUGAUUGCACAUGUUCAUGUUUAUACGGGCUACGUCUAAAAAUAUGACCCUCGUUUUCUAACUAAGGGAGAGCAUAGUUUCGACAGAAAUCCUGUCUGUUAAUAAGACAAGCUGGUCUGAUACAUUUUAUUUUGGUGUUUUAAAGUUGUGCAAACACUGUACAGUUGAUGUGAACCUCGCACCUGUUUAUAAUUAUCCCAGCAAUAUGCUUUUUCAGUUGUGAUAUAAAGCAAAUGCUUUAUUGUUGUAAACAUGGCCAAUGAGAUCUGAUUGCCUGAUGUUACUGCACACGGUUUCUCUAAGCUUGUAAAUGCGGUUAGGUUUAUUCAAAAAGCCGCAAGCUCGCUUGUAUUUGUGUGCUUUUAUAGUUUUACUCUGUGGUGAAUCUCACAAAAACCUGUCAAGAACAUAUUUCACCUCAAGUCAGCAGAAAUAAUAUAUUUUUAGCUUAUUUAAGGACUAUUAUUAUUUUCUUUUCAAAGACUUUAAUUGCAAUUAAAAAAAAACAUUAUCAAAAAAGUACAAUAUGUGUGUCGUAAUGAAAAUCUAAUGAGAAUUUCUUAGAAGAGUAAAACAUCCAGAUGCAUUUCAUACAUGAGAGUUUUUUAAAAUCAUGUCAAAAAGACUUAAUUCUCUUUUAUUUUCCUUUAAUUUUGGAUGGGAAUUGUGACUCAAGCAUGUUUUUGUGAGAUUUGCCCUCUUAAUGAGCCCAAGCAUUGAUUUGCUGUGUAUGAACCGAGUGAUUUGAAUUAAAGAGGAAUACCUGGUGGAGCCAGAA